AUGUUACUACGAUUUGAAUCAAAAUGGGGCCAGUUUCGCCUGAACGUCGAGCCUGACCAGCAGUUCUCGUCCCUAACCUCCCAGAUCCUUGACAACCUACCUCCAAACACCGAUGCCUCGUCGAUAGUACUAAGCAACAAACCCGUCAGCUCGAAACCGGCCCCGGACAGAGAGAGGCGUCUCGUCGAGCUGCCGGGCGUGGAACUGCGCCAGGUUGGACUUAAACAUGGAGACAAACUGUACAUCGGAUUCACGCAACUCGAGACCAUGUCCAACGGCCACACGAAUGGCGACGGCCCCUCCGCCCCUCGACGGUUGAACGGCACGGUCGCCCUGCCAGAAGCUACCGCUCCCGUGACUGCGCCGACGGUUACCUCUCCAACAUUGGUGAAAAAUCCGUGGGAAGUCGUAAAACAAUCCGCGUUGGACGACAGGUUAGACAAGCUGGAUGGCAAGAUUUCAAGACCGAGAGAUCUCAAAAUGUGUCGGCAUGGGCCCAAAGGCAUGUGCGAUUAUUGUCAACCUCUCGAGCCCUACGACAAGAAAUAUCUUGACGAGAAGAAAAUAAAACAUCUGUCCUUCCACAGCUAUCUGCGCAAAAUCAAUUCCGCUACCAACAAGCCUGAAUUGAAGAGCUCUUACAUGCCACCACUUAGCGAACCCUACUACCGAGUCAAGAAGGACUGCCCUUCCGGUCAUCCUCCGUGGCCCGAAGGGAUCUGUACGAAAUGCCAACCGAGCGCCAUCACAUUACAACCGCAAGAAUUCCGCAUGGUGGAUCACGUUGAAUUUGCCACUGCAGAGAUGGUGGAUAAGCUAAUUGAUUUCUGGAGAAAGUCCGGCAGUCAGCGGCUAGGAUUUCUGUAUGGCCGAUACGAAGAGUACACAGAAGUACCCCUGGGUGUGAAGGCUGUGGUUGAAGCCAUAUAUGAGCCCCCGCAAAUGUGCGAAGUCGAUGGACUCACACUACUGGAAUGGCCCAAUGAAAAAGAUGUUGACGAGGUUGCCCGUCUUUGCGGACUUGAGCGGGUAGGAGUCAUUUUCACCGACCUACUGGUCCCAGAGGAAGGAGAGGGCCAAGCAGUUUGCAAGCGACACAUCGACUCGUAUUUCCUUUCAUCUCUUGAGAUCGCAUUCGCUGCACGGCUCCAAGCUCAAUAUCCGAAGCCUUCGAAGUGGAGCGAGACUGGUCGAUUCGGCUCAAAUUUUGUGACCUGCGUCGUUACUGGUGAUGAGGACGAGAGCAUCACAAUCCGAGCUUACCAGGCUUCGAAUGCUGCUGUCGAGAUGGUCCGUGCAGAUAUUGUGGAGCCGUCAGCAGAUCCCUCGGUGAUGUUGGUGCAAUCGGAAGAUGACCAUGGGCCGAAUAGCAGAACCCGAUAUAUACCUGAAGUCUUCUACCGUCGGAUCAAUGAAUACGGUGCGAAUGUGCAAGAGAACGCCAAGCCCGCCUUUCCUGUGGAAUAUUUGCUGGUAUCUUUGACGGCGGGAAUGCCAAUCAAACCCAACCCUCUCUUCAAGAAUAGCAAGUUCCCUGUUGCCAAUCGGGAAGCUGUGGCAGAAGGUCAGGAUCCCUCGGAUGUGGCCAAGCAAUUGCGCUCGUCACAGUCAGUAGACGCAGUUUCUGAUUUCCAUCUGUUGUGCUUUCUGCACGGCAUGGGCGUUUUCAGCAAGGACGAAGAACAGAUUUUAUGUCGGGUGGCGACCACGCGUGAUCAGGUGGACGCAAUCCAUUUGACCGAAUCACCAGGAUGGGGGACGCUGUUGGCGAUACUCGAAACAUAUGGUGAGCGGCCCUUGAAGCGUCCGUGGCGUUUGCAGGCGGAUGAAUCUUUCGACCCUGGCAGCCCAUCAGAAAAUCUGGCUAAGCGAUUCAAACAGGCCGCUAGCCUCGACCGCUGA